CGUUUUCGGAGCUGCCUGGCACAAAAAUAACGCCAUACACUGUAGCGUCACCUGGAAGUGAUCACACUGACCGGAACAACAAGAUGGCGAGGACUGUGGUGCUUCGGGAGUAAGUUCUGUAACACAGACGGGUGAAGCAGCCGUGUGUCCCCACAUCCACCAUGAAUCUCCAGCAGCCAGCCCCUCCCAUCCCCCCUGUCCACCCUGAUGUGCAGAUGAAGCCUCUUCCCUUCUACGAUGUGCUGGAUGUUCUGAUCAAACCUUCAAGUCUAGGAGCGAGUACAGCUCAGAGGUACCACCAGGAAAAAUAUUUUAUCUUUGCGUUGACGCCACAACAAGUUAGAGAAGUGUGCAUCUCCCGAGACUUUCUACCAGGUGGGAGGAGAGACUAUAUGGUUCAGAUUCAGCUGAGGUUUUGUUUAUCAGAGACGAGCUGCCCUCAGGAGGACAAUUACCCCAACAGUCUUUGCAUAAAGGUCAAUGGAAAACUGUUUCCAUUGCCAGGCUACGCACCGCCACCAAAAAAUGGCGUGGAACAGAAGAGACCAGGAAGACCACUCAACAUUACCUCCCUUGUUAGACUCUCAUCUGCAGUACCCAAUCAGAUUUCAGUGACAUGGGCACCUGAAAUUGGAAAGACCUACUCCAUGUCUGUGUACUUGGUGAGGCAGCUGACGUCUCCCCUGCUCCUGCAAAGACUGAGGAUGAAGGGCAUCAGGAACCCAGACCACUCCAGAGCACUGAUCAAAGAGAAGCUGACAGCAGAUCCAGACAGUGAGAUUGCUACAACAAGCCUUCGAGUGUCUCUUAUGUGCCCGCUGGGUAAGAUGCGACUGAUGGUGCCAUGCAGGGCUGUGACGUGCUCCCAUUUGCAGUGUUUCGAUGCUGCCCUCUACCUGCAGAUGAAUGAGAAGAAACCCACCUGGAUCUGUCCUGUGUGUGACAAGAAGGCUGCGUAUGAGAGCCUCAUCAUUGAUGGGUUGUUCUUGGAGAUCCUGAACGACUGCUCGGACGUGGAUGAAAUCAAGUUCCAGGAGGAUGGGACGUGGUGUCCAAUGAGACCAAAGAAAGACGCUGUAAAGAUCCCCACUCAGUCCGUUCCAAAGGUGGACACCUCGGCUCCUUUGCGUCAACCGUCGGUGGCCCCUCAUUCUACUGAGCCCAGCUGCACCAAGAGGGCGGAUGUGAUCGAUCUGACUAUAGAAAGCUCUUCUUCUGAUGAUGAUGAAGAGGACAAAGACCCUCCACCCAAGAAACGCUGCGUCUACAUUUCCAAGAAUGAGGAGAUGCAUGCAAAGGGAGUGUUGAGCUACCAGCCCACUGUGCGAGUGCCAAACGUCCAGGCCCUGGACCCGUCGUAUCUGAACUCCACACUGGCCGACUAUGCAGUCCCCUUCCAUCCUUCUGCCUUGGCCUCCAUCCCCACAGACAUGCAGAGUCUGGAUCUGUUUUCCUUAAUUCAAACUGAUCCACAGCAUUACUCGCCUCAGAUGUUCUUGGAUAACCUGACGAGCAGCAUGCAAAAUGCAGCUGCAGCAACCAGCAGCCACUAUGAUGCCAUCAGCCACGCCGCCAGCUCCUUCCAUGACACCAGGGUCCUCACAGGAGGGGGCGGGGGCACGGGAGGAGGGGCCGACGGCGGCACAUCGGAUAUCAUUUCUCUCGAUUGAGCCUCGCCGUACUGGACCUGAUGGAGCUGGUUUUCUUUUUAAUGUGAAAUAUUGUAAAUGUUCAGUUUUCCACACGAGCACUCUGAUGAUGGCAGCGCCUGUUUUAACAGCAUUAGCGUGAUAAAUGCCAUGGACCACAUUAACUGAAGACAUGAGUUUCUCAAUCAUGUCACGUCAUGUUUGCUGUUCAUGGUCCUUUAACAACAUGCAGACAUUUGUACAUAAAACAAAAAUGUCGUUUUUGGUUUUAGUUGAUUGAACUUUGUUUUCUACACGGUGACAGGAAGUCUUGUGACGUACAUGGUUACACUUUCAAAGGAAAAGCUUCAGCCUGAGCUCUGUGAACGUCGUCCUGUCAGGACUGGAAACAUUUACAACACCGAGCUGUUGUAGCGAUUUGUUUCCUUUCAUGUCAAUCGGACCUGAACUGUGUGCCUCGCCAGUGUGGAGUGGACUCAGAGCGGACCCGCUGCUCUGGGCUGGGCGUAAGAAGACGCUGUCACAGUGAGUGGGUGUUUCCCCACACAGACGGUGGACUGAGCCGUCUCCAGCUCUGGUGGUGUCUGUGGACGUUGUUACAGGGUGGAUUUCAUGUCAUACCAACACAAACUGUUUGUUCUAUCGUACAGUAAAUGAAUCAGAGCAAUAAGAGUUUGACAGGUUCGUUACACAGAGCUGUGAUUAAAGGUUGCAGACUAGUUUAAUGAACAGCUUUGUGUUUGUAAUCAGUGACGUGCUCUCAGAGGUGUUCAGGUGGAUGUUAAUCUCAGGGUACACGUGAUGUAUACACCUGCACUAUGUUCACAGUGACGUCCUGACGUUCUUCACAUACUGUUUCCCGUUUAAUAGUUUCCAUAGUUACAGCAGACAUGUCGCCUUGUCACAGCAGGCAAAGCAUCCAUGUAAUCGAAGCUCACGUCUGUGGCAACGCUGCUGCCUCAUUAACAUUAGUUCAUGUCACAGGCGCGCAGUUAUUGUUGGUGUUAUCAUGUUGAGUCCACGCCCUCAGUCAUGUCUGUCCGUCAGUCCCGCCCACAUCACGACUCAUUUAAAUGUGAAAACAAACAGUCAUGACACUCAUCGCUCUCACAAAGGAAAUCCAGACUUUGAGCCGUUCUUCAGUGUGUUAACACGUACGAGCAGUUCAGACGAUGUGUUGGUGCAAAACUUCAGGUGCAGACAUUUCCUGUUUGAGUCCA